UUUCCUCGCCUGGAGAAGCCGAGGGCGGCUGCAGAGCCCGGGCCGCGGUGCCAGAGCCUCCCGGGCCCCAGGCUGGGGCUGAGGGGCUCCCACAGCCGGACUGUGAGGGAGCGGGACUACACCUCCCGGCAAGCCCCGCGGGACCCCGCCUCCCUCACUGGCACUACACUUCCCAGCGCGCCCUGCGCGGCGGCGCCCCCGGCGUCCCGCGGCGGGGUGGGCGCGCAGCGUGCUGGGAGCGGUAGUCCCCCCGCGGCGCGCGCGCGCCGCCAGGCGGGCCGGGGCGUGUCCUGGGGGGUAUAUAGCCAGCCGGAGGGGCAGGGGGCUGCACUCUGCCGUCGCCGCCCCUCUCUCCAGCAGCUUCUAUGCAAUCCUCGGCCAUCGCCGCUCCCCCCUGCGUUGAGCCCGCGCCGGCCUCCCAGACUAGGAUGGAAGAGGAACUGGCAGCUCCUUCCACAUCUACAGACAAGACAGACAGUAUGGAUGUGGAUGCAGAAUCAAAGAAACUGUUGGGUUUGGGACAGAAGCACUUGGUAAUGGGAAAUAUUCCAGCUGCUGUGAACGCAUUCCAGGAAGCUGCAAGCUUACUGGGUAAAAAGUACGGUGAGACAGCGGAUGAGUGUGCAGAAGCUUUUUUUUAUUAUGGAAAAUCUCUCCUGGAGUUGGCAAGAAUGGAAAAUGGUGUGCUGGGAAAUGCCUUAGAAGGGGUGCAGGUGGAAGAGGAAGGAGAAAAAGUAGAAGAUGACUCUGCAUUGCCCGCUGCUGAUGAAGAAGCAAGGGAGGAGUUGAGAGAACAGGUUUAUAACGCCAUGGGGGAAAAGGAAGAGGCCAAAAAGUCCACGGAAGAGUCUACAGUACUAUCUGAGAAGGAAAUCAAAGAAGAGGAUGUUGAAAUGAAAGAGAUUACAGAAGAAAAACCCAAAGAAGCUGCUGCUGAUGAGGAUGCCAAGGCUGGAGAGGCUGAAGAGAAGACUGAGAUUUCUGUGGGAAAAGAAGAAACUUCAGAAGAGCAGAAGAACCAGGUGCCUGUGACAGAGGAGGCAGCUGUGGAAGAGAAGGAGGUAGAAAAAGAGCAGAAGACUGUGCUUGAGGACAAGGUGGAGAAGGCAACUGAGGAGAAGGAGAGAACGACAGAAGUGUCAGACCAGGAGGCAAAGGCAGCUGGGGAAGAGGCUGAAGCAGGAGAAGUGGCUGUGGAAGAGAAGGGAGAGAUGGGAGAACAGGCAGCAGAAGCAACAGAAAAAGAGCCAGCUGUGGAGAAGGGAGAGGCUGGAGAAGGACAGGCAGAGACAGCUGUGGAAGAGAAGGCAGAAGCACAAGCAGCAGCUGCUGUGGAACAGAAAGAAGCUGCAGAAGGAGAUGCAGAGGCAACUGAACAGAAGAAGGCAGAAGAGAAACAAGAGCCAAUAGAGACAGUUACAGAAGAGAAACCAGGUGAAUCUAAAGAGACAGAGUCCUCAAAGGAACCUGUGCCCACAGAGGGCAAAGAGCCACCUAGUGACAUGAAAGAAAAGGCUGAAGUUGCUGCUAAGGUAGAGAAAGAGGAAAAGAAAGAUGAUGACCUGAUGGAAGAGGGUGAAGGUGCUAAGGUAGAAAAAGAAGAGAAAGAUGACCUGAUGGAAGAGGGAGAAGAAACAGAAGAAUCUGAAGAAGAAGAUAAAGAAAACGAUAAGGCUGAAGAUGAUAAGGAGAAUGAAUUGACAGUGGAGGACAAGGAAAGUGAGGAGGAUGAAAUUGGCAAUCUUGAGCUAGCCUGGGACAUGCUGGAGUUAGCAAAAGUCAUUUACAAGAGACAAGAAACAAAAGAAGCUCAGCUCCAUGCAGCUCAAGCUCAUCUGAAGUUAGGAGAAGUUAGCAUUGAAUCUGAAAACUACACGCAGGCCAUCGAGGAGUUCCAGGCCUGCCUGGCGCUGCAGCAGAAGUACCUGGAGGCUCACGACCGGCUGCUGGCCGAGAGCCACUACCAGCUCGCCCUGGCCUACCACUACAACAGCGACUUCGACGAGGCCGUGCUGCAGUUUGGGAAGUCCAUGGAGGUCAUAGACAAGAGGCUGGCAAUUCUGACUGAGCGGAUAAAGAAAGCGGACACUGGGUCCCCCGAGGAUGAGAAGGAGAUAGAAGAACUGAAGGGACUGCUUCCUGAGAUUAAAGAGAAGAUAGAAGAUUCAAAGGAGUCACAGAAGAGUGCAAAAGUAGCUGAGCUAGGACUGAAAGCAACUCUGGUUGGAACUACAUCUGGCUUUGCACAAAGUGAAGACAGUGGUUCUGUGUCCACAAUUCCAGUAAGGAAAGCAGGUGAUGGUGCAUCUCAGUGUGUAACAGACAUCUCUCAUCUAGUCAGGAAAAAGAGGAAACCAGAGGAGGAGACUCAUCAGGGAGACAAUGAAGCCAAGAAAUCUAAACCAGAACCGGCUGUCAAUGGUGGUGGUGGGGAACCAGUCCCCAGUGGAAAUGAGGUUGUGGAAAAAAUGGAAGAGGAGACAGAGAAAAGGCCACAAGCAGGAUCAGGGGCUGCAGUUGAAAGCACAGUAUGAUAAUGUUUCUUUAACCUUGGACACUCCUCUCCUUACAAGGAAAAUGGUUUUGUAUAUAGUGUAUUUUUUCACUUUUUGGCAACUUUUGUAUGACUUCAAUAAAGAUUGUAAGCAAACAG